AGCGGGGGAACACGACUUGCAGGAACCAACAACGUCGAUAUUUGAAUUCAUCCUGCUAGAGACAAGCCCUGAAUAUCAUCAAGCACCAAACAAAUGUCUAGAGAAAGUUUACAGAAGCCAACUGCCGGCUCAGGUAUAUACAUCUUUUCCAAGUACCUUACGACGUGGUACUGACGACCAAUGUUCAGAGAACGGCGAACCAUGGACGGUUGAGAAAGCCUUGAGCCACAAUGACCUAGUUAAUAUAUCAGAUUCCCCUAUCUCCUUUUUCCAUCUUCUUGGCGCCCUCAAGACAACAAAGCGUGAAGGCUGGAAGAGACACGGAAUCAAGUAGGUUGCACGCUAUUUCUGAGUAUCGUUUACCGAUGGGCUCACAAGCUACCAGUCCCGAGUCGGUUGCAGAUCAUUCUUAUCGAAUGGGCAUGGUAGCAAUGUUUGCACCCCAGGAACUUGACCAAGCCAAGUGCAUGAAGAUGUGCCUUGUUCACGACAUUGCGGAAUCUGUCGUGGGCGAUAUUACACCUUUCAGUGGCGUCUCCAGGAUUGAAAAGGGUAGAAGAGAGGCCUCAACCAUCGCGUACAUUGCUAAUCGAUGGUCUGGACCAUACACUGCCGAGAUUGAAAAGCUUUGGCAUGAAUUCGAAGCUGGUGAAACUCCGGAGGCUCAGUUUGCCCAGGACAUUGACAAAAUCGAGCUCCUUCUACAAGCAGUGGAGUACGAAAGGGAGAGUAAGAAAGAAAAAGAUCUGGGCGAGUUCAUGGGAGUUGCUCGGAAGUUACGAACUGAAGCUGGAAAGGCAUGGGCAAAUGAAAUACUGGGGGAUAGGGAGAGGUUUUGGCAGGGUCGACAACACUUGAGGGGAGAACAUGCCCAGCAGGGAGGGCUAUCUGAAGAGAUGACAAAGGCCCAUGAUGCAUACUAUGGAUAGCUCGGAAAUCAGUUCCAUGAUCCUUACAUUUAUCAGUUGUUGAAUUUUCUUUCGUUGAUAAAUUUUAGUGGCUGGGAUACGGAUGCUGAUAAAAGCAUCCUGACUUGUUCACGUACUCCACAAGAAAUAGGAGCAAAUUGUAUCCGGCACAACCUUUGAAUCCCAGUCAUUUGAGACUCCAUUGUUACGGAAGUGUUUUCCAACGAUGUUAGCUUAGGGCGAAACACGCAUACAGUA